AUGGACUUGGUAGUAAUAAUAGCGGAUAACCAAACUCAGUCAUACAAUGCAAACACAGUGAAGCUGCCUGGCAAACCUUCAUUGGGAAUGGGCACAGACACCUUGAUUUCUCUGCUCAUAUUCGGACUCAUUUUCCUGCUGGGCGUGCUGGGCAACUCGAUGGUGAUAACCGUCCUGGCGCGCAGCAAACCCGGGCAGCCGAGGAGCACUACCAACAUCUUCAUCCUCAACCUGAGCGUGGCCGACCUGUCCUACCUCCUCUUCUGCGUCCCGUUCCAGUCCACCAUCUACAUACUGCCCACCUGGGUCCUCGGGGCUUUCAUCUGCAAGUUCAUCCACUACUUCUUCACGGUGUCCAUGCUGGUCAGUAUCUUCACGCUCUCGGCUAUGUCGGUUGACCGAUACGUGGCCAUCGUGCACGCCAGGAGGUCCUCCGCCAUCCGCGUGGGCGGGCACGCCGCGGCCGGGGUGCUGCUGAUCUGGACGCUGUCCCUGGGGAUGGCGGCCCCCGUGGCCCACUAUCAGAGCAUCGUCAAGGGCGAAGACAACAGCACUUUCUGCUGGGAGGUUUGGCCGGAUCAGCAGAGGAAGGUCUACGUGUUGUGCACUUUCGUUUUCGGCUACCUUCUGCCUCUGGCUUUGAUAUCUGUCUGCUACGCGAAGGUUUUAAUGCAUUUGCACAAAAAGCUGAAAAACAUUUCCAAAAAAUCAGAAAUUUCCAAAAAGAAGACAGCCCAGACCGUCUUUGUGGUGGUGGUGGUCUUCUGCCUGUCAUGGUUGCCCCACCACAUAGUCCACCUGUGGGUGGAGUUCGGCUCCUUCCCCAUCAACCAGGCGUCCUUUGUGUUUCGGAUGGUGGCUCACUGCCUGGCUUACAGCAACUCCUCCGUCAACCCCAUCAUCUACGCCUUCCUGUCGGAGAACUUCAGGAAAUCCUACAAGCAGGUGUUCUGGUGCCGGGCCGCCAGCGAGUGUCCGCUGAAUGACACCAGGGACCUCCGCAGUAAGAUGGAAGCGGCUCCCUCCACUAACACCUAG